UCCCUUGUGGGGAGCUUGGAGGAACCUUCAGUAAGGCUGCUAACACUGAUGAGAGAUCUUUUAUGCCAAGGUCAUUGCUAUCUGAACAGGCCACACCAUGCGUGAGUACAAGCUAGUGGUCCUUGGUUCAGGAGGUGUGGGCAAGUCUGCAUUGACUGUACAGUUUGUUCAGGGAAUUUUUGUUGAGAAAUAUGACCCAACAAUAGAAGAUUCAUACAGAAAGCAAGUGGAAGUAGACUGUCAACAGUGUAUGCUUGAGAUCCUCGACACAGCAGGGACAGAGCAAUUUACAGCCAUGAGGGAUCUCUAUAUGAAGAAUGGCCAAGGGUUUGCACUAGUAUAUUCUAUAACAGCACAGUCCACGUUUAACGACCUACAGGACCUGCGGGAACAGAUUCUACGGGUUAAGGACACUGAAGAUGUUCCCAUGAUUCUGGUUGGCAAUAAAUGUGACCUGGAGGAAGAACGUGUCGUUGGCAAAGAACAGGGGCAGAACUUAGCAAGACAGUGGUGUAACUGUGCCUUUCUAGAAUCAUCUGCAAAGUCUAAAAUCAACGUAAACGAGAUCUUUUAUGACCUUGUCAGACAGAUAAAUAGAAAAACACCAGUGGAAAAGAAGAAGCCUAAAAAGAAAUCAUGUCUGCUGCUUUAGACUCUCAUCAUGCAGCAGCUCUGAGCCAGAUUGCAGGAAUGAAGAACUGUUGCCUAAAUGGAAAGUGCCAGCAUUCCCAACUUCAGAACCUUAUGGAAAUGAAUAACAUAUCGGAAGAAGCUUCUCCUGUUUUU